AUCUCUGGCCAUCAUGGUUUUUGAGAUGGCCUAUUUCCUGGAUGCGCUCCUGGUAAUGUGUCUGCCCUGUCCUCCAGACUGGCAGCUGUUUGUGUUGUGGGGAAAGAUGGCGCGCAUAGGAGGCUUCCACAAGUUCCUCUAUUACUCCAUCAUGUCAGUGGUCUGCUUCUUGCACCCUGUGUUGGUGUGGCAUGCAAUCAUUCCAGGGACAAUGCUUCUGGUGACAGCUUUUUUCAACUUCAUACUCAGCAAGAAAACAAAAACCAACUCCCACAAAAGGCCACAGGACCAGGGCCUGACCUCUGUCUUCGUGCCUGAGAGUGCAGGCCCGGACAGCACCAUCUCUUUCUUCCACAUGGUAACAGGAAGGAGAGGUGGGGAGCUGGCCAUCACAAGCAGGGACCACUGCCUCUGUGUGGGGGAGAGAGGAGAGAGCGUGCACGCCAUGCUUGAGCUGGAGCAGACGGCCAGAGACCUAGACAGGGAGAGGAGGAGGAGGAAGGAGAGGAGGCUGAUAAGCUUCAGGGGCAGGGAGGAGCCUGUGGAGAGGGAGAUGGAGGAGAUGGAGGAGAUGGACGGCGGCUGUGAGCCAGAGCCAGACACCACCUCAGACACUGCUCCUAUGAUUACUGACUGAACGUCCCUCUGUGCUCACAAUAAGCUCCUUACUGAUAUCACAUGAUGACUGGUGCUACAUUAUG